GGCCUGGGCGCUAGAGCCGUGUGUUUUAGUCGUUGCUAGCGCCAAAGGAGAAACAGAAACAAGACUGAAUCAAGCGGCGAAAAACAUCAAAUAAUUCCCCUAAACAACCAACAAAAUGACUUCUCAAUACAGAGUAGCGGAUUCGAAAAGGGAAGAAUUCAGAAAAUAUUUGGAAAAAGCAGGAGUUCUAGAUUCCCUUACCAAAGUUUUAGUCAACCUAUAUGAAGAGCCAGAGAAGCCACACAACGCUUUAGACUUUGUAAAGCAGCAUCUACAUGGAGGUGCACCAGAGACAGCUGAUGUUGAUGCCUUGAAGCUUGAAGUGUCAGAACUAAGACAAAAAGUGGAGCAACUCACUGCCGAGAAUACUGACCUAAAACAAAGGUUGCAAACCUACGAGCCACAGGCUGAUGAGGAGGUGGAGAGUUGAAUGAAUCAUGAUUUUCAAUAGUUCCUUGUGCCAUGCACUGGUGCCAGUUUACAGGAUAUUUUACAGGCAGCCACCAAUCUUGCUUUUGCUCUCCAUGGGUUUUGCCCUCAAGCAAAUUUCUCUUCUUACGCUCAGUUGCCCAGUGUUAUGCUUUCUCACUGUAAAAUAGACUUAUUACACAUUUAUGUCACUUAUUACAAAUUUAUGUAACUGUAGGUUUUGCAUUUACUAAUAAGGACUAUUUACAAAUACAAUUUAUACAUUUCUUUUGUUGUCAAUGUGAAAGUGUUUAAAUCUAAUAAAAAUGUACAUUGUAUUAUUA